CGACUUGACUGUCGUCAUUGUCAUGACUCUCAGGAACUGCAGGACAUGAAUAGUGCUCCUCCACACCCUGUUCUCCCUGUAAUUGCACUGGAAUAUAGCUCCCAAAGACCCUGGGUCGAACUCAAUAGCGUUUCCCAGCAAGGACCCUGGCUGAGGGGAGAAAGGCGGUGACUCUAUUCGGCCUUGCUCCGACGGCAGAAAACACCCCGGCUACGGAGCCGGCUGUAGCUUUCUCGGCUCGGCCCAUGCGUUCGUUCCAUCAUCUCAACAAUUGUUGCCGAGCCACAAGUCCAUUCGUCCACCCACGACGUCGCCGCUGCUAUAUACGCUUCCUUUGGUCGCAAUGCAGCCGUUUGCUCGUCCUGCGGUUCGGCUUGUCUGGAGCCAUGCGCGAUUUGGGCUUGAUCGAUCCACGAGGCCAGGCAGGUCUUGCUGGGGACCGUCAAUAGUGCAGAGCUCAACAAUAUGUAUCCGAUGCAAUUUUCAAGCCAUUGGCCCUCGAGCAAGACUCUAUUCGACAGAGCGACCACCGAGAGAUUCCGAGAAGAGCUCAAGGACAAAUAAAGAUGUCGAGGAUGAGCUUGAAUCCAUACUCAAACCUCGGCCAAACCUUUUCAAAGAGCUUCAACCGCCUCGCGAUAUACCCAAGUUGGAAGACGUCAAAUCUACCAAUGCGACUUCCGAAAGCGCCGCACCUAAAGACACAAAAUCCGAGCUACCCAAGGCCGAGACAGAACCUGCAAACUCUAUCGAUGAAUCCUCCCAAUCACAAGCAACAUCAGGUAUUCAAAACCUACGACACCUUACCCUUAACCGUAUGAACGAAUUAAAGGAGAGGUUUAGUGGUGCUAUGGAUAGACUGCAAUCCCGAGCAAUGAAUGCCUCGCAAACACUCAACGAUAUUACCGGUUAUACAGACAUCGAGGCCAUCAAGCAUCAAAAUGCCAAGCUAGAGGCAGACCUUGCAGCAGCUCAUGAGCGGGUCCGUGAGGCUCGUCAGGAAUACAAGACGUCGAACGCUAGUCGUGCGACAACACAACGUGAAGUCACAACACUAUUGGCGCGGAAGGAUAGCUGGUCUCCCAUGGAUCUUGAACGCUUUACCGAGUUAUAUCGAGCGGACCAUACAUUGGAGGGCAAGGUCGCAUCGUCCCAAGAGGCUCUAACAGAAGCUGAGACGGAGGAGCAGCGGCUUAGCCAACAGCUCAAUGCCGGAAUCCUGAAACGCUAUCAUGAAGAACAGAUUUGGAGCGAUCGCAUCCGACGGGCAAGUACUUGGGGUACCUGGGGCUUGAUGGGAAUGAACUUCCUUCUGUUCGUUAUCCUACAAUUCGUGGCAGAGCCCUGGAAGAGAAGGAGGCUGGUCAGGGGUGUUGUGGCUGAGGAGAAGGCUGUUCUCGAGGAGGUUCGUGGUGAGUUAGAACAGGUCAAGCUGGCUAUCGAGAACCAAAAGUCUUUGUCAGCGAUUGAAGGAACCCCAGAGACUGAGGCCGAGGCAAUUGCUGAAGCCGUGGCGUCAGAGAACGUGUUGCCGGGUGAGAGCCUCAUGGUGGAUGAUACAAAAGCCAGCCAGGAACCUGUUGCCGCCUUUGAAUCAGCGGCUGAAGCGCCUCUUCGAGAAAUGCCUCCUACGAGGACAUGGCAAGAAGCUCUCAUGGAUCCAGAAUGGUGGAGAGCCAAAUCACAAGAUAUCUACAGCGAGCGACGGAUAGAUCUUCGCAUGCGAGACGUUUCAUUAUUGGUGUUGGAGGGCGCAUUAGCUGGAGCUGUGUUUACAGGAAGUAUUGCGCUACUUAUGAUUCGAAGAUCAUGACAAGAUGUAAAAUAGAUAUAAAGCUUAUCAUCAUAUACUACUAUAAUAAAACUGUACAUUCUCGUUGAAGCAGAACGUUGAACGGUUUUUCG